AAAAAAAUAGAGAAAGUAUUAUUCUUUGACGAGAACCAAGAAGCACGCACGAAACCUAAAUACUAAUAUAUGAUGAACUGAAACUCAUCUUAGAGUAAUUGCCGAACCAACUCGACUAAUAUUUUUCAAUAUUGUAAAAAUUAAUAAUUAAUAUUAUAUAACUUUUAAGCAAAUAUCCCAGUCAUGACCUUUAACUAAUUGAAAUCUCAUAAAUAGAUUGAUUCAACUUCAUUUCUGAAUGAUUGCAAUUUGAUCCUCCAAACAUCCACAAUUUUCUGGAAUGGGCAAUUCUCAAGCAUCUUCAACCAACCCACGUUUCGUUUCUGCUUCCAGAUCUUUCUCUCAACAUGAAUUGGAAGAACUCAAAUCAUUAUAUGGGUCACUUGUAUCUCAAUCUCAAAGCAACAAUCAAAUCAUUUCUGCCCCAAUUUUCAAGGCUUAUUUCAAAAUUCCUGGGUCUCUUGGAGAUAGAAUGUUUGAUUUGGUGACCCAAAAACGCCAUGAUCAAAAGCUUACAUUUGAAGAUCUUGUUAUAGCUAAGGGUACUUAUGAGAAAGGGACCAGAGAUGAAAUUGAAGAGUUUAUGUAUCAGUUAUUAGAUGUUUCUGAUGAUGGGAAAGUUGAUAGGUCUGAUUUGCAAGCUGUUUUAGCUGCUAUUCUUGAUGACUUGUUUCCUCUCAAGGAUGACAAGUCCGGGUUGAGAUCACAUGAAUGCAUCAUGGAUGAGAUCUUGAAUGCUGCUACGUUUUCGAAGGAUGAUGGAGGAGGUGAUACAAAAAGUAUGUCAUUUGAGGACUUCAAAGACCUGUGUGCCCAUAUUCCAUCUCUCAGGAGGUACCUCAAAGGGUUGAUGCUGCCACCUGAAUCAGGUAGGAUGGGCUCUCGAGUUCCUAGCCUAUUAUACUCUGAAACUUAUAGUUCCAACCUUAUAUUAAGGCAGGAAUAUGCUUGGCUACUAGGUGGCCUUUUGACCCAGCCAGAGCUAGAGGUGUGGAAACUUCUAUACCAUAGUUCAUAUCACGGUCAGAGUUUCAACACGUUUCUGGGAAAUAUCUCAAACGAUGAAGGUCCAACAAUGUUUAUAGUCAAGGAUACAGAAGGGUACAUAUAUGGAGGUUAUGCUUCCCAACCAUGGGAAAAACACAGUGAUUUUUAUGGAGAUUUGAAGUGCUUUCUGCUUCAGUUACAUCCUAAGGUAUCCAUUUUCAGGCCAACCGGAGCAAAUAACAAUUUACAAUGGUGUGCUUAUAAUUUUACUUCUGAUUCUAUCCCAAACGGAAUUGGUUUCGGAGGGCGAGUCAAUCACUUUGGCUUGUUUAUAUCAGCGAACUUUGAUGCUGGACAAACAUUCGAGUGUACUACAUUCGGGAGCCCUCCUCUCUCAAAGUCCAAUAGGAUAUGCCCGGAAGUAAUUGAAUGUUGGAGUGUUUUUCCGAAGGAAGUGCAACAAAAAGGGAGCAAUGCACUCAAAGGUACGGUGCUGGAAAGGUUCAAAGAAGACCGAAAUAUGCUGAACUUGGUUGGCCUUGCCAAUUCGAGUGAGUAAACAUCCUCAUACCGGGAAUUUUUUCAUCAAUUGGAACAUAUUUACCGGCAGAACCCAUGUCAAUAUGUUCGAUUAAGUGUGAAAAUAUAAACACAGAUCACAGUGUGAAGUCGGGUUUUACGAACUUCCCAUAAUGUUUUUUACAAGGAGAACCCGUUUAUGUUUGGAUAUUUCAUGCAUCAUGCUGUUUCGUGAAAGCGAAGACAAAUUCAUGAUAUUUUGUUUGAUUUAUAAAGAUCUUUUCGAGUGGAUAUUGCGAUAUCGUUAAGUCGUAUCGUCCAAAACUUGCUAUUUUGUAGAAAGCUUUCUUGACUGAAGAUUUUAUUUACUAGGAUGCUUUGAAAUAGCUGUCUUUGAGUUUUGGUAUGGGCUGACUCGCAUCUUUUUCUGCAUGAAAUUAUUAGCUUAAAGUAUUUUUACAUGAAAGAAAUCUGAGUCGAAAUCUUUGAUCUGGCCUUUGAUCCCUGUGGCCUAUAGUGACUCAAUGAGUUUUGCCAUGUCACCUUUUCAUUUUGCUCCGAAAAGUUUCAAAUCAAACCCUUUCUAUGCUCUCUACGGAUCCCAAAAGGAUAUUUGCGUGGAUGAAACCCCUGCCCUUUAUUUAAGCCGAAUUGGCCCAAAACUAUUGCUAUGUUCCUUGCGGAUCAUUAGAGGGAUGUUUGAAAAAUACAACCUCUAAUUCAAGCCAAAUAUAUCCAUAUUACAACUAUUUAAGCGUGAUUAGUUUUAUUCGGGAUUAUUAUUAUUAUAUGGCCAUACAACCUCUAUUUAAGUACGGAUUAGACAACCUUAUAAGAUUUUCGUGACCAUUAAAUGGUGUAUUUGGGGUCUUUUUUUGUUCAUUAGCGUGUGGUAACCCAAUAAGACUUCCAUGUGUCUUCCCACUUCAUCCCAUAAACUCUUGAAAUGUCCCCAAAACAUGAUCAUGGCCUUUAAAAUGAGAUCUCUAGGACUUAUCUCAUGCCUUGGCUCAAACUUAUUCGAAAAUUUUAAUAUCCUUUUUACAUGUCCAAGGAAGAUUUGAAGGAAUAGAACCCUUCUUACUUGAGCCAAAUUGAUCAUACAAACCCUAAUUGGUGUGUCGAUAUCGUUAUAAGGCUUUAAUCGGGUCUGUAAUGACGCAGCAAGACUUCUCACAUUGCCUUCUCACUUCAACAAAAACUUUUUUAGUGCCCUAGAAACAUAAACUACGACAUUUUAAAUGGACCCUCAUGACUUAUUAGACACCCCAGCUUAAA